AUGAGUGAAGAAAAACAAAAUGAAUCAAGCAAACAAAACACAUUAAGCUAUAUUGCAGAAAAAAUAGAUGAUAUUUCAGAUAUUGCUGAACCCAUAGUCAAAAAUACAGUGAAAUUAACUGCGGCAAUAGGAGAAGCAGCUACAGCAGCAGUUCCAUUCGCAAAAUUUAUCCCUUUAAUUUCCGAAAUUGGAAAUGUACUUAACGAAAUCGUUGAAAUCGUACAAGCUGCUGAGCAUAAUAAACGAACUUGUGAAGCAUUAUUACAACGAGUUCAUGUGGCAGAAUUGGCUGUCUUUGAUCUUAGAAUUAGAAGAAAUGAAAAGAAAGAAUUCUUCGUUAAUAGGAACUAUUUAUAUUUACAAAAUUUGGUUAAUGUUAUAGCAAAUAUCAAAAAAUUCGCGGGAGAAAUUUCUCAAAUGAAUACUUUGACGAAGUAUCUCAAGUCAAAAGGUGUUGAGAAAACUUUUAAGGAAUUAUGUAGAGAAUUUGAUAGUUGGAUAAAUUUAUUGAGCUUUACCAUAUUAGUUGAAGAAAAAUUUCGUGCUGAGGACGAAGCUGAACAAUUAAAAUGUGAUCAAGAUGAUUUAAAUAAAUAUCUGGCAGAAAUGGGAGUUGACGUCAAAGAAAUUGGAACUGAUGUCAAAGAAUUGAAAGGAGAGUUUUCCUCAAUGGUUUUAAAAAUCAAUACAAUGAAUAAUAAGAUGGAAAAAUUAAUUGACGAACAAAAUAAAAUUUCAGUACGAAAGGAAACCAAUAAUGUUGAAAUUUAUCAAAAGAAAAUUGAUUCAAUUUUCACGGAAAGGCAUACAUUAGUAUUCUCAAAUUAUAAAGAAACCAAUGAUCAUCGUAAUGAUGGACGUGUAACUCGGUACCUUAACAUUAGAAAUGAGGCUCAAGAAUUAGCAUUUAAGAACAUUUCAGAUGUAGAAGAUAAAAAUAGCAUACGGAAUCAAGUUACAAUCUUUAAAGAAUUUCAAGAUUGGCCAAACAUCAUAAAAUUUUAUGGACUUGCCUAUGAUGAAAAUAAAUCGUAUUUGGUAACGGAAUGGGCUGAGUUUGGAAAUUUACACGAAUUUUAUAUUGAACAUGAAAGACGAAUUGAUGAAUCUUUAAAAUUACGUAUAUCUCUUGAUAUUGCUCGUGGAUUAAAUUUUCUAAGAUCUGUAGGGAAUAUUUUAAUUACGGUUAAUGAUACAGCAAAACUUGCAAAUUUUAAAUUAAGUCGUUACUCGAGCGGACCUACAAAAAAACAUAAUCAAAAUUUAGAACGCGUUCGUUAUUGUGCUCCUGAAUUGUUGGAUAGGGCCCCGAAUUUCAAAUAUGAUCAUAAAUGUGAAGUUUAUGGCUUUGGAAUCUUACUUUGGGAAAUCGCUGAAAUGAAACUUCCGUUUCAAGAAUAUGAUGAUAUUUUGACUAUAACCGAACUUGUACUUAAAAAGAAAUAUCGAGAACCUUUUUCUGAAAAUAAUAGAAUGCCUAUCGAAUUCCAAGAAUUAGCAAUGGAUGCUGUUAAUCAAGAUCCAGAAUUUAGGCCAAAAAUUACAGACAUGUUCAGA